AUGUAUCUCACUCUCAAGUCUGCGAUCGAUUAUGUCAAAACUGGUCAAGCAGAAAUCCUUCAGCCAUUCAUCAAUGAUUUAUCUUCUUUUAUUAAUGAAUGUAAACAGAUCACUGGAUAUGAAACAUUGUUAUACAAGGCGUGUGACAGGGAGCAUGUGGAAGUUGUCAAAUUAUUAUUACAAGUGAAAGGAAUUGAUGUCAAUAAGGGAUUGAAUUCUCCUCUCUAUAUUGCUUGUAAACACAAUAAUAUGGAAAUUAUUCAUUUAUUACUUUCUCAUCCGAAUAUUAUUGUUGACCAUCGAGCAUGUUCGGUUGCCAUUAAUGAACAUGGAAUUGAUUUGGAAGCGCUUCAAUUGAACAUAAAGAUGUCAAGCUCUGUAUUGAAUGAUCCAGCCAAUUCAAGAAAAUUUAUUUAUGCCAAAUUUUAUAAUUAUCAACAUUUAAGGCAAGUGCCACUUGUCAACAAGUCGGAUCGUGACACAUUAUUUGAGGGUUCUACAACAAGUAAUAUUGUCGCCUUUACGCCUCUCGUUAAGCUUAUGGCUCCUUCUUUCUAUACAAAAGUUUUGACAAAUAAGGAAUUUAUUGAAUCACUCGAUUUUACGGAAGAACAAAUUGUACAAAAUAUCAUUGAUUCAUUAAUUUAUGGAGGCCCAAAUGAUUUGUCUUCCAUUACUAAUACUCAUACUACUAACGAAAAAACUGAAAAUACUCUCUCACCCCUCGAAUCUCUAAAAUUGAAAAUGAAAGUCGUUUUUAUUUUAAAUCAAGUGGAGGGGGAUUUCAAGAAACUCAAAAUCGAAGCAGUCAAAUCAGUAAUUUCACAAGUGAAAUUUGAAAAUAUUUUACAUGUUCUUGAUUUGAUUCACAUCAUGUUGCAAAGAGAGCUCAAAUACUUCUUUGAACAAGAUUCUACUACUAACUCGGAAUCUUUGUGUCACAACACCAAUAAUAACAACACUCGAUGUGCAUUUAGAAAAAUCAAAGAAUAUUGUCUCGACUAUAUUGGAACCAAUGCCGGACAUGAUGAAGGUUAUUCGAUUUAUGUGGAAAAUGAUGAACGAAUGACUCAAUAUGCCAUGAGUGUCAUUAAGAGAAAAACGAUCCAACCUCAGAGUAUUAAUGAAGCACCCUUCAUGAUUUCUAAUACUCUAUUUUUUGACUUGUAUCAUAGUGGAAACACCGAUUUUGAAAUCAAGUUGAUGAGUGGAAAGACUGUCAAAUGUCAUAAAACAGUACUGAGCUCAAAAAAUCCCUUCUUUGAAUGUCUAUUUUCUGGGAAUUGGCUAUUGGACCUUGAAGAAAAAUAUACAGACGAAAUGGAAUACAUUGUUCAAUAUUGCUAUGGAUUUGUCGAACAACCAUCUCAACACCUUGUUGUGCCUCUCAUCAAGAAAGCUCAUGAACAUGAUAUGAAAGAUCUUGUGGAAAUACUCGUUCGAAAAGAAUUGAGUCUUACAUUGGACAAUUUUGCAUACGUGGUUGAAGAAUUAAGUGCCUAUUUGGAAGAACCAGCAUUUGAGCAAGUAAUAUUCAAGUUUGCUUGUCAAAAUAGAAUGCUUUUGUACGGAAAAGUGGAUCCUCAGGCUUUGCCUCCAAAAUUGCAACUCUGUUUGGCAUACGAACAGUAA